AUGAUUCCUAGUCAAAUUUUGCUGGACUUUAAAGGAACACAUAGCCAGCUUCCAUCAUCUAUUUCCGCCAUAGAAGUUAACACCGCUCCGAAGGGGCACCACCAAGCCUCUUCCCAGCGUGUGUUCUUCUUUUUCUCGUCUAAAUGGCAAUCGUUCAAAUACUCUCUCACGAACAACACGGCAUUGUCGUCAUGGAACAAGAUAAAAUCAUUACCAUGCUCUGGUGAAAAGGCGAAUUGGGUCGGCGUCCAUUGCGAGAAAGGUCGAGUUUUGGGGUUAAAAUUGGACAAUAUGGGAUUAUCUGGUGAGAUCGACAUGAUUUCUCUUAACCAUUUGUUGCUUUUGAGAACUUUAAGCUUGGUGAAUAAUAGUUUCGAAGGGAAUCUUCCGGUAUUGAAGAAACUAGGCGCGUUGAAAUCGCUUUCUCUGUCGAAUAAUUUGUUUUCGGGUGAGAUUCAACCAGACGCAUUCUAUGGGAUGAAUUCGUUGAAAAAAGUUUAUUUGGCGCGUAACCAAUUUACGGGACAAAUUCCUUGGUCAUUGGCUGUUUUGCCUAAACUUAUUGAAUUGAGUUUGGAAGAUAAUGGCUUUGAAGGCAGUAUACCUGAUUUUAGGGUUAGUAAGUUGAAUCAUUUCAAUGUCUCUAAUAAUGACUUGCAAGGUCCAAUCCCUUCUAGCCUCUCAAACAUGAACGCAAGCGUUUUUCAAGGAAAUGUAUACCUAUGCGGACAGCCAUUAUCAUCAUGUUCAUCUUCCAAAAACCUCUCUCAACAAACACUGAUAAUAGUCGCCGUCGUCCUCUCAACGGCGUUCAUCGCCGUCGUCCUCGUCACCAUCUUAAUCGUCCGGCGAAUUAACAGAAAAUCAAACCUAGAAUAUUCCGGCGACGCAACAGGCAAAGACUUAGAAUCAUUAGCCAAUUCAUCCGGCGGAUCUUCAAACAAAAAAAAGAACAUUAACGAACCUAAGUUGAAAUUCUUAAAAGACAAUGAAAAAGACAAAUUCGAACUUAUGGACUUAUUAGGAGGAUCAGCUGAGAUUUUGGGAAGUGGGUUAUUUGGGGCGUCUUAUAAAACAGUGUUGGUUAAUGGGAAAAAGAUGGUUGUGAAGAGAUUUAAGGAAAUGAAUAAUGUUGGAAAAGAAGAGUUUCAAGAACAUAUGAGUAGAUUGGGGAAAUUGAAAAAUGGGAAUUUACUUCCUAUUGUGGCUUAUUGUUAUAUGGAAGAGGAAAAGCUAUUGCUUACUGAGUUUGUUCCUAAUGUCUGCUUGUCUGUUCAUCUUCAUGGAAAUCGAUCUCGAUCUCACGGCCCAGCCCUCGAUUGGCCAAUCCGAUUGAAAAUCAUCAAGGGAGUGGCAAGGGGUCUUCAAUGCCUUUACAACGAGCUCCCCGGCAUAAUGGCCCCUCACGGCCAUCUCAAGUCUUCAAACGUUCUCCUCAACAAAUCCAUGGAGCCUAUUCUAAUGGACUACGGUCUAGCCCCAGUUGUGAAUCCCGAACACGCCGAAAGUAUUAUGAUCUCCUAUAAGUCACCCGAAUACAAACAAAACCAUCGCAUCACCAAGAAAACUGACGUAUGGAGCUUCGGAAUUUUAAUCCUAGAAAUCUUGACAGGAAAGUUCCCCACGAGUUGGUGGCAACAAGGUAAGUCAAUUGACUCUGACUUAUUGUCAUGGGUCCAGUCAGUGUCCCCCGAUGAGUUGACUGAGGAUGUGUUCGAUAAGGAUAUGGGGGACACAAAGGGUAGCGAAGGAGAGAUAAUCAAGUUGUUACAAAUAGGGUUAGCAUGCGCCGAGACAAAAUUGGAAAAGAGAUAUAACAUGAAGGAGACACUGGAGAGGAUUGAGAUGAUAAAAGAGAGGGACAAUCUUGACGAGUAAUCUCAUCGAGAAGUUCGGGUUAGUUUACUUUCAACUAGCAAGGAUGAGCUUUUUCAAUAAGCAACAUCUUUGUGGUUUUUUGUUUUGUUUCAUGUCCCUUACUAAAUCUUUGACUUUGAAUAUUGUUUCAAAGUGUAGAUUUUUUGCAUGCUUGGAAAAUGGCCAAGUUGGUAUUUUUUUUUUCUCUUCAAAAUAUGUAUAGGACAAGGAUGGCUUUCUUGAUUUAGUUAAGGAUGGCUAAAUUAAAUGUACAUGUUAAGAUUUUGGACUUUGUAUAUUAUAAUUUGUUAUCCAA